CCAUGCAGAGGAAGGGUUAAAAAGCAAUGUGAUUAUCCCUGUCUUGUGAUCUAAACCUGUGCCAUGAAAGAGGGCCUUGUAUGUGCAGUGAGCCACUUUUGGACGGGAAAAAGCUGCAAGCAAACAAGCUGACAAAACAUUUUGGGCUGGAUAUUGACUUUUCAUCACCAUGAAUCUUAAAGUCUUUGGUAGAAAGGAGACACAUGCUGAGGAGCUUUAGCUAGGGGUUGUCAUGGAAGCAGGCACGCUCCUACCUGCCCAGGUUCCUGCUCCGGGCCAGCCAGGGCGACCCCCCCAGGUUCUGGGCCUGAAGAGGCUCUCCUUUGCCUACCAGAGCAUGUUGGAGAUCCCCUAUGACAUCAUCUUAGCCCAGCGUGAUACCUUGGAAGUACUGGACCUCAGUUACAACCUCUUGGAGGAGAACCCUGCCCUGUUGGGAGAGAUGGACAGGUUGAGCACUCUUAUUCUGGACUGCAACAACUACUCGUCCCAUGUCAAAUUCCCUUACAUGCCCAGAAUCACCACUGUGUGGAUCAACAAGAACAAGAUUAGCAAUCUGCCCAUCUUUGUGGAAGAAAUACGAUGCAAAUUCCCUAACAUCAAGAUUCUCAGUAUGAUGAACAACGAGGCAGCGCCUAGCUACUUCAAUGGAGGGAGCUUUACCCAGUACUUAGACUAUAGACAGUAUGUGAUCAGCCAGGUUCCUGGCCUGGAGAUUCUGGACGAUACGGAGGUUCUGGAGAAGGAGAGAGUCCAGGCUAAGAAAACCUACAAGAUGCAGAGAACCAGAGAAGGAAGUAAAAAAAGGAGGUCCGAGCUUCAGCAGUGAAUCCUGCAAAUCUGCCUGAACUGAACUUGUGCCCUGAUCUUAAAAAGAAGAGGAUAAGAUGCAUAGAGAUACCCGAGACAUUAUUAUAAUGCCCUAACUUGUGAACUAAUAUACACAUGCAACAGAAACACAAAUUGUAUACAAC